CGCUAUCUUUUGUUAGUCAAAACCGGCGGCUGUUAUAGCUCAAUGGUGGUGUGGUGGCCGGCGGUGGAUUUCGAAAGCUUAUGUCUGUGAUAGAAAUGCGGUUCUGCUUUAGUUUUUGGCAACUAGUUUGCGUUGCAUUAAUUUUUUUGAUAACCCCCCAAUUUAGUUAUUCACAGGAUGUUUUGGAUACUUCGGAAUCGAUAAUAACCCCCGAACCUGAAAAUGUUGAGCUGGACGUUAUUCCCACUGGGGCUCCGUUAGAUGGUGCACCGUUGGAGGCAAAUGGAGAUAUUGGAGUGACGGAAUCCACUGAAGAAAAGAAAGAGCCGAAAGUAGAAAGUGAAGAUAAGAAAGAUGGAGAAAAAGAAGUAACAGAGGUGGUUAAAGAAGAAUCGGCUGAAGUAAAUGAAGCAGUGACAGAAGCAGAAGAAUCGGUAGAAGAAGAAGAAGAAGAAGAAGAAGAAGAAGAAGAAGAAGAAGAAACAGAAGUAGUAGAAGCGGUAGCUGAAGUAAAAGAAGAAGAGAUAAAAGUAAUAACAGAAAAACCAGUUGAAGUAGAGAUAGAAGGAGAUAAAAAAGCGGAAGAAGAAAUAGAAGAGGAAAAAGCCGUAGAAGUAGAAAAAGAAGAAGAUAAAAAAGCGGAAGAAAUAGAGGAAGAAAAAGAAGAAAAGGCCGUAGAAGUAGAGAAAGAAGAAGAUAAAAAAGCGACAGAAGCGGAAGAAAUAGAGGAAGAAAAAGAGGAAAAGGCCGUAGAAGUAGAGAAAGAAGAAGAUAAAAAAGUGGUCGAAGCGGAAGAAGUAAAAGAGGAAAAAGCUGUAGAAGUAGAGAAAGAAGAAGAUAAAAAAGCGGCAGAGGCAGAAGAAAAAGAAGAAAGUGAACUUGGAAAAGUGGACCCAAAAGGCGAUCCGAUAUCAAUACCCGAACCGGAAUCGGAUGAACCAGUUGAGAAAAAAACGAACGUUGAUGCACCAGUAGCUCUACCCGAAAACGAUGCCGGCUCAGCUACAGCUCAGCCAUCACCAGCAGCAGCAGUAACGACUGAUGCUCCGAAACGUGGCACGAAAUCUCCAAAGAAACCGAAGAAAAAACCACGAAGGAAACCGAAGAAGCCGCGCAAGAAAGGUACAAAAGCUCCGAAGAAAGUUACUACCGCUGCCCCAAAGGUUGUUACUACAACCACUCCAAAGGUAGUUACCACUACAACACCUAAGGUAGUUACCACUACAACACCAAAGAUAGUUACCACUACAACACCAAAGAUAGUUACCACCACAACACCAAAGAUAAUUACCACCACAACACCAAGGAGAAUUAUCACCACAACGGAAGAGCCUUGUGUAGACGUAUUUAGCGUCGAAGAGAAGCGCUACCAAUGUAAAGGUUACUGGAAGCGAGGAUUAACCAUUCUUGGUCUGCAAAUUAACAAACUCAAGAAAGAGAACCACGAACUGUUUCUCAAAGUCAUCGACGCCAAUGGUAAAAUCAAGUUGGCUCAGGAAUCGAUUGCUGAACAUAAAAUCAACGUCAAAGCUCUCAAGAAAAAAUUUGCUUGGCCCGACAAAGAGAAUAUCGGAAACACGCAUAAAGAUUGCUCAGAUGCUUUUAAAAAGGACCACAAGAAACCUGGAGUCUAUUUAAUUCAUCCUGUUGGAUCACCAUACAAAGUUCAUUUGCUUUGUGUUGACGGCUGGACUGUCAUACAAAGACGUUUCGAUGGAUCAGAAAAUUUCCACAGAUCUUUCGAUGAAUACCUUUCUGGCUUCGGCAAUUUCUCAGGAGAAUUCUUCGUUGGUUUAGAAAAUCUUCAUCGUAUGACCCUCAGUCAGUCCUACACUCUACGAGUUGACGUCAAAAGCGCCGCUGGCAAAUGGUAUUUUGCUGUGUUCAACAAUUUUGCAGUGUCUGAUGAGACUGACCAAUUCCGUCUCAAAUUAGGCAACAUGACAGCUAGCAAUACCGAUGACGUUAUGGAUCAAUCACGUGACAAACCCUUCAGUACUUAUGAUCGUGACAACGACGAUUGGUCAGGUGGUAACUGCGCUCAACAUUUCCGAGGCGGAUGGUGGUCGGGUAACUGUAUCACGAAUCUCAACCAAAUGUGGUGCAGCAACGGCUGUUUGAGAUGGGGUGACACCCGCGUGGUCUCUUCUAUAAUGCGCAUUCGACCGACAUCCACCGCUGAUCCUGACGAUAUGACUGAAACCCCUAAUCCAGUCGGUUUCUCAAUCAAAGCAUAAACUUAAUUAUUCAAGAACUGUUUAAGAUGAUUUUAUAAUUGCCUUUAAUUAAAGAACAAUAAAUAUUCAAAAAUUCUAAAUUCUACCACACCAGAUCCUUUCGCCUUUCAUAUCUUCUGAAAGUCACACGCGUGACAACACACAUUAAAAGUAAUCACAUCGAGUAUAUUAAAUAUAUUAACGAUGGUGGUUUGUUGAUAACCACCACAAUUCUGGACACGUAAUUUCCGUUAAGUGGAUUAAAAAACAAAGUUAAACAUUUCUGAGAACAAGAAUUAGGACGAAGAAUAUAAAAAAUAAAUUGGUAAAUUAAGAACAAAAA